UCCCCCCUUUUACUAGAACCUAAACAGCUUUUUUAAAAAAAGGUUGGAUAAUUUUGUACAUGGUUUUGUUAGUGUGAUAUCUGUGGAAAAGCGGUUUCAUUUUGUAGUGGAUUAUUUCUACCCGUUGAUGAAUUAAGAGGAAGUGACUGCCAUGACGACAGACGAGGCGGAGAGCGUUCAGAAGAAACAGGUGGUUGAGCAGCAGCAGGAAGAAGAGGACCCCACCGCACAGGAGCCAGGCCCCACUGAUACAGCUCAGGAGAGUCCCUCCGGCACCUCGGCGCCCCCCGGGGGCUCGGAGGAGGAACAGCAGCUAAAGCCGCGACAGCGCACCUCCGCUGGCCGCGGCCUCUCCCGCCUCUUCUCCUCCUUCCUGAAGCGCCGCUCGCAGUGCUCCGAGGGCGAGGGGGUUGAGACGGAGAGGGCCAGAGAGAAGGAUAGCCAGGAGGAACCCAAAGCCCCCAUAGCGGACCCUGAGCCAGAACUGCGUAUAGAGGGCGAUGUUGCUCUAGACCAGCACUCGGUCAGCAGUGCUGAAAACCAGAAGGAGAAGCCAGAGAAGAAAGAGAAAGCAGAGAAGAAAGAGAAGGAGAAAAAAGAGAAGAAGGAGAAGAAAAAUGAGGACAAGGCCAAAGGAGAGGAGGGAGAGAAAGACAAGGAGUGUGAGAAGGAAAAAGAGAAAGUGGAGGAAGAGCCAAGGCCGGAGGACGCAGGUGCGUCAGAAACUAAACUAAAGGAGGAACGAGAAAAAGAGGAAGAGAAAGAGGAGGAGGAAGAGGAGGAGGAGAACGCAGUGGAGGAGGAAGAGGAAGAGGGGGAGGAGGGGAAGAAGCAGAAAGCAUCUCGCCGCCCCAGGAUCAUGCACUGCAAAGUCCAGUUGCUGGAUGAUACCCUCUUUGAGUGUGAACUGGAAAAACAUGCCAAAGGCCAGGAGCUGUUUGCAAAGGUGUGUGACCACCUGAACCUGUUAGAGAAGGACUAUUACGGUCUGGCCAUAUGGGAGACACCAACCAUAAAGACAUGGCUGGACUUUACUAAGGAGAUCAGACGGCAGGUACAAGGCACCAACUAUGAUUUCACAUUCAAUGUGAAGUUCUACCCACCUGAUCCUGCCCAGCUUUCAGAAGACAUCACCAGGUACUACUUGUGUUUGCAGCUGCGGAAGGACAUAAAGAACGGCCGUCUGCCCUGCUCUUUCGUGACCCUGGCCCUGCUGGGCUCUUACGCCCUGCAGUCUGAGUUGGGUGAAUACGACCCCGAGGUUCAUGCCAGUGACUAUGCCAAGGAGCUCCAGCUGAUCCCAGGACAGACCAGAGAGCUUGAGGAGAAAGUCAUGGAGCUUCACCGCACAUACAGAUCUAUGAGUCCGGCUCAGGCUGAUAUGAUGUUCCUGGAGAAUGCCAAAAAACUGGCCAUGUAUGGGCUUGAUCUCCACCAGGCAAAGGAUCUGGAUGGGGUGGAUAUAAUGUUGGGGGUUUGCUCCAGUGGCCUGAUGGUGUAUAAGGACAAGUUGAGGAUUAAUCGAUUCCCCUGGCCAAAAGUUCUCAAAGUCUCCUACAAACGCAGCAGUUUCUUCAUCAAGAUACGGCCAUCUGAUCUGGAACAUUACGAAAGCGCCAUUGGCUUUAAACUGCCCAACUACAAGGCUGCCAAAAAACUGUGGAAAGUUUGUGUGGAGCAUCACACAUUCUUCAGGUUGACUUCCACAGAGGCGGCCACCACUCCCAGGAAGUUCCUGGCUCUGGGGUCAAAGUUUCGCUACAGCGGGCGUACUCAGACUCAGACACGUCAAGCCAGCUCCAUGAUCGACAGACCUGCCCCUCAUUUCCAGCGCUCUGCCAGCAAGAGGGCAUCUCGCAGCUUAGAUGGAGCCAUGGUUUCGACCCCAGAUAAGAAUGCGCGUCCCGUCAGCGCUCCCAUUAUGUCCCCCAUCUCCCCUGGUGAUGUGGCUCCUUCCCCAGUGGCAUCUGCCGCCCGCACUGACCGUAAAGAGACGUCCACGCCCACGGGCCGUCUACGCUCCUCUGAGAGGAAGAGUGAGGUGAAGGCCCAUGUGACAGAUGGCUCCAAAACUCACAGCACCAAAGCAGAGGGCACACCUGAAAUCAAGACAGUAGCCCGGCGAGAACGGCGGCACCGUGAUGCCCCGGUGCUGACGGCCACAAAUGGGGAAAGAAAGAGCCAGUCGCCACGGGCGGACAUUGAGAUGGUGCGCAUGAGGAAGAAAAGAGCUAAGAAAAUUGAGGGUGAAACUAUUUAUAUCAAACAUAGCAAUUUAAUGUUGGAGGAUGUGGAAAAGACACAGACAGAAAUCAUGCGCCAUCACACGAGUAUCAGCGAGCUCAAGCGAAGCUUCAUGGAGUCGGUGCCCGAGCCGCGGCCCAGCGAGUGGGAUAAGCGUCUGUCCACACACUCGCCCUUCCGCACGGCCAGCUUCAACGGCCAGCUGCAGCCCGACUCUCCCGUGGUGAAGACAAAAACGAUUACCAUUUCUGAUGUCACCAACUCCCUUCGCAGUGAAAUCACCACCAAGGACAUCCCGAUAGUCCACACCGAGACCAAGACCAUCACCUAUGAGUCUGCACAGCCUAACGCACUGUCAGAGAAGGAGUCCGGGAUGCUGUUGAGUGCUCAGACCAUCACCUCAGAGACUGUGAGCACCACCACCACAACCCAGAUCACCAAGACGGUGAAAGGCGGGAUCUCAGAGACCCGUAUUGAGAAGAGAAUCGUGAUCACUGGAGACACUGAGAUUGACCAUGAUAAGGCUCUUGCUCAGGCUAUAAAGGAAGCAAAGGAGCAGCACCCUGACAUGUCCGUCACUAAAGUGGUGGUUCAUCAGGAAACAGAGAUCACCCCCGAGUAACUCCUGUUGGAGACAUAGGGUGAAAAAAAACGGGAGCAGUCAGGUUUAUGAAUGUGAAAAAAACAACGCAAGAGCCCUCACAUCAAGCCCCUCCCCAUCAACGAGUCCCCGCCCCCCACGGAAAACACUUCCUGUAACAGCACCUAACCCUGAACAUCUGUCAGAUCUCAAGCGUCUUGUACUGCAAAACUGAGCAUCUACAACUACUCAGAAUUCAAAGCAAAGAUUCAUCCAAUUCCCAACAUCUUGGACAGAUUUCCCCCCCAAAAAAAUGCCGGAUCGGAUCUCCACCUCGUUCAACACAUUCCAUGAUGGACUGAACCAUGUUACAAAAUACUUUUGUAAAACAGUGAGUGCAAAAGAGCAUCUUUUUAUCUGUAAUUCAUAAAAUAUUUUUAGGGUGGAUUCCAAAGGGACGGUUUACAUAAUAACAACUGGGCGGUGGGAAUUUUCUAAAGCGUCAAUUUGUAUUUUUUGAUUUAACUUAAUUUAAUUAUUUGAUUGGUCGAUUGUACAUCUAAUUAUGUUGUUACAGAGGGCGAAGGAGCGUCUGUUAUAAAUGUGAAACACUUGUUAAAGGGGAAGUUCACCCAAAAAAAUACCUAUUUUAUUUAUUUUUUAAACAUUUUUAACUCUUUUCAACACAAAACAAGACAUUUUGCAGAAUAUUCAUGCUGCUCUUUGCCAAGUCUCAAUGUUAUUCCAACAACUCUUUCUCAUACUGUUCUUUCAAAAGAAGAUAUUUUGAGAAUGUAAGAUGAUAGUCACCAGAACUGUUUGAUCGCCAAACUUUUUUUUGCAAUCCAUCGGAGAAAAAGUCAUAGAGGUUUGGGAUGGGUAAAUGAUGACAGAAACCAUGCCUUUAAUUUGUUUCCCCUUCUCUGUUGAUCUCUAAUUUCAUUUUCGUUCACAUACAUUCAAAUGGAAAAGGGUUUAACAUCAUUCGUUGAAUUGAAACUAUCACAUCCGUUUGAACUUGUAAAUAAGAUUUUGAGGACUGCAGAGGAGGCCGGGGAAUGGUUAAAUUUCACUUCAAUUCCUCACAAUUCCUUUUAUGAUGCCCGAUUCACUUCCACUGAAUGGGAAAGAGCAGCAUGAACAUUCUGCUAAACUUCUGAAUUUCGGAGAAGAAAGAAAGUCACACAGGUUUGGAAAAACAUUAUGACAGAAUUUUCAUUUUUGGGUAAACUUUUCUUGUUGUUAAAGUCCCAUAUUGUGUGUUCCUCUUAAAUGUGAAGGUAUUAUUUUGUUCUUGGUGUAAAAAUAAUGUGUUGAUUUUAUUCAGAACGCUGGAGCAAAUUCAGACGUUUUCUUGUGUUUAAAAGUUACGUUACUUUGCAUAUUUGUUAAGGCUUGUGUACAUUUUCUUUUGUUUCAUUGGUCAUUUCAUCAUGGAUUUGGGGUCUAAUGAAGAUGGGAUAGUGAAACUACAUUCCAUGAUAUUUCUAUUUAUUUUCAUCAGUUUUGUUUUCUUGUUUGUGUGUGUAUGCCCUGCUCUCUUAAAUGCAGCUUUGAUGUUUUUUUUUUUUUUGUAUUAGAUUGAGAAUCCCAAACACCAGCUCCUGCCAGUUUUAAAAUGGGAUUUGCAGGGAUAACUCUUAUUCAUUUUCAUUAUAUUUCUACUUUUCUACUAGAGGGGGCAGUAUGUUCUUACCCACGAGUCUAUAGCAGAUCUGCAAAGUCUUUAAAAUGAGCAUCCACACACACAACGUGUAGUGGUUUUUAGAUGAAUUGGACUUGAUAAGUCGGUUUGCAAUUAUGGUUAGUAAAUGUGCCAAACGUGAAUCUGAAAGCGAGCGAAUUAAAAUGUGUUUCUGUCAUGCAUUGAGACAUUCGGUUGUAAAGACUGACAAUUCUGGUGCAGUAAUUCAAUUCUAGAAAAGCAAAGUGGGAAUUUUGGUGAAUUUAAGGGCUCCUGUGGUAAAGCGUACUGCCCCGCGUCGAGCUGACCAGUCCAGUAUGUCCAGUUUUUAAAUGUCUAUUUUCAAACGUUACACUUUUAUAAUAGUUGAAAUACAGUAGUAUCCUGUACAGAGACCAAGGUGUUGUAGUUUGUUCGUUGUGUUGUUUUCUUCAUUGUGGCACUCCUUUCCUAUGCUAGUCUGGCGUGAAGAAAAGAAAAGAAUCAUACGUUUGUCCUUUUCUUUUCAUCGCACAUUUGUUUUUUUGUUUGUUUUUUGCCAUCACUGAAAAAAAGACAAUGUACAAUAUAGCACCAUGGACUAAAUAAACUCCCAUAGACACAGUCUUCA